AUGGUUCGCACCAGGAAGUACUGGAAGCGGCCCUGGAACGACUACACCUGGAAGCAACAGGUGUUUGUGUUGGGCGUGUUGGCGAGUCCGCUCUACGCCUACUACCAAAAGGACGAAGAGUUCAGAGAGGUCGUCGACUACUGGUACGAGAACGGAGGGCAGGAGCUGUACUACCUGUUCCAAGAGCACGUCCUGGCCGACCGACAGAGCUUCGUGAGCGACGAAGACAUCGUAGACGAGCGCGAACAGAUCGCGACAGACCGGGAGAUGGCCCAGGAAAAGGUUGUGGACUACUUGAUCGCGCAGGAGCCGCCGAAGCCGCUCGAGCUGGCGACGGCGAAUCGGGUGCGGGAGAUCGUGUUCCCGUGGGACUGGCCCACCGUCAAGGCCUUCCUCCUCUACCCCUGGCGACCCGUCGAGAACGACCUCCCCCCUCCCCCUCCUUCCUCUUCCUCCUCCGACCAGCCCACCUCGUCCACCUCGUCUUCGUCAUCUUCCCAAGCAACAAAACGAAGGAAGUGA